AUGGCUCUCCAGGCCACUACGUUCUGCUUCUCCGGUGCUACUCUCCGAUCAACUCCUGAUUCACUCACUUCAAAGCGUCGUAUCGCCAUUAAAGCUGCUUCUUCUACUUCCUCUUCUGGACUCUCUUCUCCGCCGCUGCUCUCGGUUUCACGAUCUAAUCUCAAAGGAAGAGCGUUUUCUACUGAUGGCUCACCACAAGAGUCUCCCUCUGUGGUCUGUUUUGGGGAAAUGUUGAUCGAUUUUGUGCCGACGACUAGCGGGCUUUCUUUAGCCGAAGCACCUGCUUUCAAAAAGGCUCCAGGUGGAGCACCUGCAAAUGUAGCUGUAGGUAUUGCUCGUCUCGGCGGUUCAUCAGCUUUCAUUGGGAAGGUCGGUGAAGAUGAGUUUGGUUAUAUGCUUGCAAAUAUCCUAAAAGAUAAUAAUGUGAACAACGAAGGCUUGCGUUUUGAUCCUGGAGCCAGAACUGCUUUGGCUUUUGUGACUUUGACAAGCGAAGGAGAAAGGGAGUUCAUGUUCUAUCGAAACCCCAGUGCUGACAUGCUGUUACAAGAAUCUGAGCUUGAUUUUGAUUUGAUUAAAAAGGCGAAGAUAUUCCAUUAUGGUUCGAUAAGUCUUAUCACUGAACCUUGCAAGUCUGCCCACAUUGCUGCAGCAAAGGCUGCUAAGGAUGCUGGUGUUAUUCUUUCCUAUGACCCAAACCUUAGGCUCCCAUUGUGGCCUUCUCCAGACAAUGCUAGAGAAGAAAUCCUGAGCAUUUGGGACACUGCUGAUAUUAUAAAGAUAAGCGAAGAGGAGAUCGAAUUUCUAACAAAAGGAGAAGAUCCAUAUGAUGAUUCUGUGGUCCGCAAGUUGUUCCAUCCUAAGCUGAAACUACUCCUUGUCACCGAAGGCCCCGAAGGCUGUCGCUACUACACCAAGGAUUUUAAAGGGAGAGUGCAUGGAUUGAAGGUGGAAGUAGUGGACACGACAGGUGCUGGGGAUGCAUUUGUUGCGGGAAUACUAUCACAACUAGCAUGUGAUCUCUCCUUGCUUCAGCUGAAAAAAGUGAGUUGUCUGACUCAGGACGAAGAACGACUGCGAGAGGCUCUAAUGUUUGCAAAUGCGUGUGGGGCCUUAACCGUAAAGGAGAGAGGCGCAAUCCCAGCCCUUCCCACGAAAGAGGCUGUACUUGAGGCCCUGCUCAAACCUGUCGUCUAA